AUGGCUGGGUUUGGCAGCUGUGCACCCCAGGCCCUCAUCUACUGUGCUCUCACGUGGGGAGCAUGCUCCUGUGCGCAGCUCAUAGCCCUCUGCUCCACUCUCGACUUCUUCGCAUCCCUCGGAAUCCUUCUCUACUGCCUCGGCAACUCUUACCCUGCACGCUUUCGCACGCAAACACGCCGGCGCUUCAACAUCCAGGUGAGGUCAAGCAGAGUUGACUUUUGA